AUGAAUGAACGCUUCUGCGAUAUUACAGGAUGCAUUAAUGGGCAAGAUGUGAAGACAACUGUCAUGGAAUCGUCAGAUUGCUACAAUUGCAGUCUUUUAGAUAUAAAUAAAACAUUCUACACAAACUUCACUAGAAAUGGCACUACUAUCAACAAAUUCUAUUUCUACCAGACCGCACAGUUGGCAGUACUGUGGGUGCUGCUGGUGGCGAUCGUGGCGGGUAAUGCCACCGUGGUGUUGGCACUACUGCUCACCAAGUCCAGAAAAAGUCGGAUGAACUUCUUUAUCAUGCAGCUUGCGAUAGCCGAUUUAUGGGUAGGAUUGAUAAGUGUUCUGCCAGAUUUAAUUCAAAGGAUAACCAUAUCUUGGUUUGCCGGAUCCAUAGCCUGCAAAUUGAUGAAAUAUUUACAGGGUGUAGUUACAUAUUCCUCUACAUACGUAUUGGUCGCACUCAGCGUUGACCGAUGCGACGCUAUAACGCAUCCAAUGAACUUUACGGGAAGCUGGCGUCGCGCUAGAGCACUUAUUCUAGGCGCUUGGCUAGUCAGUUUUCUAUUCUGUACUCCAAUGCUAUUUCUUUUUGACGAAGCAGAUAUUGAAGGUACACUUCAAUGUUGGUCGAGCAUAAACGAGGUACAGUGGCAAAUUUGGAUGACGAGUGUAUUCGUCUCCCUGUUCGUAGCACCAGCGCUUACGAUAUCCGCCUGCUACGGCGUCAUCGUAGUCACAAUACGACAGAAGAGUAGACGUGUGUUGGGUAAAAGAGCCGCCGCUACUAGGCAAUACAGCGAUGAUUUGGACAGCCGCCGCGCGAGCAGUCGCGGUAUUAUACCAAAAGCGAAAAUAAAAACCGUCAAGAUGACUUUUGUUAUUGUUUUUGUGUUCGUGCUGUGCUGGUCACCGUACAUGAUCUUCGACUUGCUGCAAGUGUACGGCUAUGUGCCUGCCACGCAGGCCAACAUCGCCGUCGCCUCGCUCAUCCAGAGCCUUGCGCCCCUCAACUCCGCCGCCAACCCUGUUAUAUAUUUCAUAUUCUCUAACAGGAUAUUCGUUAGCCUCAGAAACAUUCCGCCGUACAAAUGGUUUUGGUGCUGGAUGAAGAACACCGGCAGUCCUGCGGGCAAUGAGUCACGUGCGCACACAGAACUGCUGACGUCAUCGCAUAGGAGAACAAGACAUGAGCUCACCAUCAGGCUAAAAGACGACAGUAUAAAAGCUCCGAAGCAACGUAUCCAUCAAUGCAACAGCAACUCUCGCAAGGUGCGUCUACACGUGCCCGAUGGCGAAGCACAAACCAACAACAACAGCCAACCUGUCAGGGUAAGAGAGGAUACGUUUCUUUAA